CCCUCCGCGGCCGCCGUAGCGGCUCGGCCACGGUAAACAGGAAGUGGGGGCUUCCGUAGCGCAGAGCUGGAGGAGGCGGAGGGUCGGUGAGGGACUCCCUCCUCUCCCGCCGUUAGAGCCCGCUCUCCGUCCUUCGCUACGUCCUCCCGCCGGUCUACAGGGACUCGGCUGCCACCUCUGAGUGCCGAGCCAUGGCCGAAUACUCCUAUGUCAAGUCCACCAAACUCGUGCUCAAGGGUGCGAAGGCCAAGAGUAAAAAGAAGAAGAACAAGGAUAAGAGGAAACGGGAAGAAGAUGAGGAAACUCAACUUGAUAUUGUGGGAAUCUGGUGGACUGUAUCCAACUUUGGGGAGAUUUCAGGAACCAUUGCCAUUGAAAUGGAUAAAGGAGCCUAUAUCCAUGCCCUGGACAAUGGCCUUUUUACACUGGGAGCUCCGCACAGAGAAGUGGAUGAGGGCCCCAGUCCUCCAGAGCAGUUUACUGCCGUCAAAUUGUCUGAUUCCAGAAUUGCCCUGAAAUCUGGCUAUGGAAAAUACCUUGGUAUAAAUUCAGACGGACUUGUUGUUGGGCGUUCAGAUGCAAUUGGGCCCAGAGAACAGUGGGAACCAGUAUUUCAAGAUGGGAAAAUGGCUUUAUUGGCCUCAAAUAGCUGCUUUAUUAGGUGUAAUGAAGCAGGCGACAUAGAAGCAAAGAAUAAAACAGCAGGAGAAGAAGAGAUGAUAAAGAUUAGAUCCUGUGCUGAAAGAGAAACCAAGAAGAAAGAUGACAUCCCAGAAGAAGACAAAGGGAAUGUGAAGCAGUGUGAAAUCAACUAUGUAAAGAAAUUUCAGAGCUUCCAAGACCACAAACUCAAAAUAAGCAAAGAAGAUAGUAAAAUUCUUAAAAAGGCUCGGAAAGAUGGAUUUUUGCAUGAGACACUUCUGGACAGGAGAGCCAAAUUGAAAGCUGACCGAUACUGCAAAUGACGGAGAUGUUUUUGUGUUGCUUUGGUUUUUUUGUUGUUGGGGGGGGGGGUGUUGUCUGUCUGUUUUCAUCCUGAAUAAAAAUAUUCAGUACAA